GUCCAGAGGGUCUUGGUUUGUUGUGCGUUAAGUACCUCUGAACACCUCUAUUUUGUGCGAGAGGACUUGCUAUUUCAAUAACCUUUCAGCAACCAGAUCAAAUUUCACAGCGGAUUAUUUUUGCUCCUUGACUUCCGUGCACAAACUGCGCAGUGCGAAGGAGAAAUAAGCCACGAUCCACUGCGCCUCCGCGACACUUCAAUCAGGCAAUCUUACCUCGCCGACGACAAACGCAUUCCUGCGUUGUCAAUCAAAUCCAUGGCUAAGAAAAAAGGAAGCAAGAGGAUUACGGUCACGAUCGACUCGGCGAAGAUGAUUGUGAACCUCGACAACGGCGCGAUGCAGCAGCUGCAAGCAGAGCAGCGCGCACUUCUCGACACGAUCGACGCACUUCGCGUCCUCGGCCUGGGCAAAUAUGUCGACCUCCCGCAGCUGAUCGUGGUCGGAGAUCAAUCAGCGGGCAAGAGUUCCGUCCUAGAAGCCAUUUCCCGCGUCCGCUUUCCCAUCAAGGAUGGCGUUUGCACCCGUUUUGCUACUGAGUUGGCGCUCCGUCAGAGCCCGCAGACUAAAAUCGAAGUCAGGAUCCAGAACGACGGUUUUGAUACUUUCAAUCGCUCCGGGUUCGAUAAAGAUGACAUGCCCCGUAUCAUCGAGGAGGCAAAACAGCAUAUGGGGAUCACCGGCGAUUCUACCGGAUUCUCAGAAGACGUGCUCCGCAUCGAGAUCGCCGGCCCGGACGUUCCGCAGUUGACCCUCGUGGACCUGCCUGGCUUCUUUCAUAACGAGACGGAAAACCAGGGCAUUGGUGGAGUGGAGAUUGUCAAUCGCCUCGCCAACAAGUACAUGUCCCAGGAGAACAGCAUCAUCCUGGCAGUGAUCUCAGCCCAAAACGAGCUUGCCGCCCAGAAAGUGCUGGGCGAGGCCAAAAAGCACGAUCCCGGCCGCGAUCGCACCCUCGGAAUCCUCACCAAGCCGGACAAAGUCGACGAGGAAUCCAAUAACGAGCAAAUGUAUUUGCGAUUGGCUCAGAAUGAGGAGGCUUCGCACAAACUCACGCUUGGGUGGCACGUCCUUCGCAACCGUGCCCCAAAAGAGGCAGAUUCCACGGAUGCGGAGCGUGACGAAGAGGAGAAAGACUUCUUUCAGGGUGGAGUUUGGUCGGUCGUCAGCUGUCAGGACCGUGGAAUCGAGACACUCCGUGAAAAGCUCAGCCAGGUCCUUCUCAGCCACAUCCAGCGGAAGCUUCCCGGUCUCAUCGCCAACAUUGAGGAGCACAUCAAAACACGUCAGACGCGACUGAAAGCCCUAGGGGACCAGCGAUCGUCGGCAGAUGACAUCAAAAAGUAUCUCAUCAACAUCAGCAAUCGGUUCCAACGUGUGGCACGGGACGCCAUCCACGGGAACUACACCGACGACUUCUUCGGUGGGCUGUAUCCGGAUCCACAAACGGCAUAUGAGGAUCGAAGGGUCAAGAAACUCCGCGCGUUGGUCAGGGAUCUAAACCGGGCAUUCCAUUUCGUUCUCACAACCAAAGGUGGCCGGCGUCAGAUCCAGUGGAACAACGAGCUUCUGCCGUCGGCGCCCCUUCACCUGGAGCCUCUGGUUUCCCUCUACACCUUAGGCGAAUAUAUUGAGAUCUCGAUCGACGAUUUGACCGAGGAGCUCGAAAAGAUGGCUUCGGAGAACCAAGGCGUCGAGUUCCCGGGUUCAUCGAACGACAAAGUGGCACUGGCCUUGUUUCGCGAUCAGUCAGCAUCUUGGGAAGCGAUAGCCAACCAGCAUGUUGAUCUGGUCACUCAUUUCUCGCGGAGGUUUGUUGAAGAGCUUGUGGGCUACGUUGCUGGUCCGGACACGAAAACGGCCGACGCGGUGAUCAAGAACCUGGUAGCUCCUUACUUCGAAGAGAAGCAAGCCGUGCUCCGGGCAAAGAUUUCGGAGCUACUUCAGCACUACAAGACCGGCGCAGACCCUCAGCCCAUGCACAGCAUCUUCCUCGAUAGUGUGGGGCGACGACAGAACGAGCGGUUUGCCGAAAAGUUGUCGCAGCUCAUGGAACGACAUCCCGACCUUUUUGCAGACAAGGUCAAGGCUAGUAGUGAUGACGUAGGCGCGGUAAUGAGGAUGCUAGCAACCUCUGAGGUCCGCAGUGAGUUCAACGCCGAGCAGACUAUCGAGAAUGCGAUGGAAUACUACAAGAUGUCAUUGAGGGUCUUCACAGACAAUGUCAUGACGUUGGCGCUCGAGAACUGUCUGAUUUCCGACAUUCCCAACAUCCUUUCUCCAGAAAAGGUGUACGACAUGACCGACGACAAGGUGACCACGCUUGCCGCCGAAUCCAAGCAAAUCCGGAGAGAGAGAGAGGAGCUUCAGACGCAGCUCGAGAAACUGCGGCUUGGCCUUGCUGCCUGUCGCGAGCAUAGACCGAGACAUUCUAACGUGGCAACGCUGCCUGGAUUCUCCGUCCUUGAGAUUCGACCAACACUCCCGGACCGCACCAAGCCGAGAGCACCUACCCGACCACAGCCCACCAUUCAAGCAAGUCGCCAGGCACUUGUCAGCGGUGUCACGACCGACAACGGAGCACCAGUUGCUAAGGGAACCUUCAGAUCCGGUUUAUUGGACCAUACCACUGCAACUACGCCGGCCACAGCCGGGGCCACCAAGCAAAAUGCAUCGGGGGGCGGCCUCUUCGGAUCGGCGGGCGCCUACGGCGUCCCGAGCACGGGAGUUGCAGCUAGUGGUACAUCCGAUGCACCGAAGACGGGGAAUGUUGUUGGAUCAUCGCUAUUUAGUGUCGGCUCUACUGGUGGGAUAUUCGGGACGGAGAGCGAAAUCAUCGCUCAGAAAACCCCUUCCAAUGUCGCGACCACUCGCUUCAGCCCCAGCGGCGGUUUAUUUGGGGCGCCGCGGACCGGAACACCCGCUAAAAGUUCAUUUUCCAAUGCCGCGGCCACUGGUUCGGUCGCCAGCGGCGGUUCACUGUUCGGGCACACGGCCAAGACCCCUGCUGCUGCCCCUUCGGUGUCUAGCGUGCAAACGAUUGGGAACACUACUAGCGCCUUUUCAUUUGGCGUGAGCAAGCCAGGGAACACUGGUGCUGGAACGAAGUAACCGUUCGAUGGCACGACCUGUAUGGGUUUCUCUCUCCCCCCCGCCGCAAACUUCACCCGGAUCCAUUCAGUACCCCCUAUCAUAUGGUGUGCCUCGAGCCCCUGAACUGACCCGGGACUUGCACCUCUGGGGGGAUUAUUACGAUUGUUCUUUGUCGAGAAGCGGGCCUGUCUGUUUCCAAGUUUUGUUGGAUGUGACGGAGUGGUUUGUGUACAUUAGAUUCUGUAGGUAUUUAAGGUUGUGGUGCCCCCCGAGU